GUGACUAUAAGCGCCACCCCUGUUCUCUUCAUCGUGAUAACCCCAACAGCGGGCAGGGUCCGCAUUAAUUCGCGGCCUCAGAAAAGUGCGUGGAGAGGGUGGAAAUACCGUUCCGAGAUUGUCAUAUUAUCGUAUACCGCUUUACUGCGAACGUGGCCGCUCUGUGAAGGAUAGCAGUUGCCUCGAAUGCUUUCUGUUACCUCAGCGGCUGGUAAUGCUUGCAGAACCAUUACGCUUCAUACUGUUUUAAGUGUUGUAGGUUCUACUGUUUCGGGUACUACUUUAGAUUACAGUAGCGUUCCCUGUUUUCUGGAUACAGCGACAGCAGCAGCGAUUUCGGUGGAGCAGCGGCGAUGCAACGAUCGGCAUCGUUUGCCAACUAAAUAUAAUAUGUACGCUACGUGCAUUAAUAAACAUACUAUCCAUAGUCAGACGCCACUGGCUAAAACUUAACUGACCUGGUUGGGUUCGGGUCUGGCAGGAUACCUGCUGCCAUCGAUGGAGGGGCACAAGAAGGGCGGUUACAGAAACAGAAGCAGGCAAGACUUUCUUGCUGAAUCGGUAAGUGUUCUCACUGCUCGAUUAGCAUACCAAGAAUCAACGUUGAUAUAGGAGGAUGAACUGCCCAACCAACUGAACUUAGGAACGGGUCGUCGGUCAGCGCACGGAGCAACGCGUGUCCCCCCAUCGCUGUGGCAGUAACAGUAACGGUAGUUCUUGGCUUUACAAACCAACAGCCAACAAUAGCUCUAUUUUAUUUUACCUUAUGGCAAGAAGGUCGUGCGAUUUGAUGCUGUGUGUCGCCGACUGUCCAUCUCUGGCAGUCUAUUUUAUGACGGUCGCAAUUGACGAUUCCGAAUUCUUUUGUGUUUAAGGCGGUAGGCAUCACUUUAGACGGCUGUCUCGCAGCAUUAAGCGAACUGUGGCUACGCCCCGAUUCGAACCUAGACAACCCUCUCGACCAUGGCGCGCCCCAACUUUCUCCGCAUUCGUUCAAACGGAGUAGCUUACUACUCCCCCAACCACCACUCUCUCUCUCUCUCGCGUUUGCUCUCGCCUUUCAUUUGACGCUUUGUCUGUGUGUAAUUGUCGACUAUUGAGAAGGAGGCGGUCAGGCGGCUAUUGCUACUAACGCUUUCGUUCGAUGCAAGCAGGAGUAGCAACCGUCAUCAUAGCAUUCGACUGGAAAGGGCGGUCAUAGAAGACACACAAGCGACGGCAACAUCCAGCAGCACCAGCAGCUGCUACUGCGCGACGGUUGUUGAGGAAGGACUAACCGAAGAAAUGCCAGCGACCAAGAAAGGGACAGCGGCGAACGCAAACGAACAUCAAGAUAGUCGCCAGCAAGAAGCCGUUGUCUAGUAAACUUUAUUCUUUUUUCAAUCCCCCUUCGUGGUUCACUGUUUUUGUCGUGUUUGGCUUUCCUGAGCGUUCUUGUUGCUACUGGUCGCUUUUGUGCGCUACGACAACAAUAGCAGCAGCAGCAGCAGCAAAACAAGGGAACUAGCGACCAUAUUUUUACUUGGCCGCCAGUUGCUAGCCCGGUGCGCGUGGCCUCUUUCUGCUACCGGUGAGAGUAUUGGGAGGCAGUGACGGAAAGAGCGCCGUUUCUCUCCAACACGAAAGUCUCGCCGCUCUGUGCUGCCGAGCCCCCGCCAGUACUUUUUCAGCCGCUCAUUGUGAACACUUCCAGCAGUAGUAGCGACGACAUCAGUGUUAAGCUGAAUCGCUGGAAACUGGCCGUCUUUUUCAUCGUUGUAGGUUGCUGCUAGUGCUGUUGGCGGUUGGCGGCUUACCGGUUGUCCGUUGUGCGCUGCUAUGGCGGCUUGAAUAGCAACGGAGCUCCGCUGCUGAGGCGCCCAUAUGGCAGAAUAUAGCUGUACUAUUCUAUAGGUACUCGCAGCGGGCCAUUGGCGAUGCGGCUGUCAUCACCAUCGAUGCCUGACUGGACCAAGUUGCUUGACUAUAACAUGUUUUCAUAAACGAACACACUCUGCCUUUGUAAUUAUAAAUGAUUGCCGUAGCGAGCGGUUUCACCGACGAAUACGCUCUGUGUCUACAAGGAUAGAUGAUAGCCGUAGCGAAGGGAGCAGGUGGCUCCGCCAUAAAUGACGAACAUGACUCCGUUACAGCCGUUCGCCAUAUUGGAUUUUCCCGCUGCUGCUGUCGGCGCCGUGGCGCCCUCACCACCGAUGCGGACGAAAGAAGGAACAGAGAGGAGUCGGGAGAAAGUGAGCAGUACGGGGACAGCAGUAGUAGCGGCAGUAGCCGCACCGAACGGGCCAUGCCGCUACGACUUACGUGUCAAUCCAUACAUAGAAUAGUAAACAGUGAUGCAGCAGGCGAAAGAGCAGGCCACAAUGGUGGGGCAGCCAAGUGCUGCUAAGUAGAGAUACCGAGAUGGAGGCUGCUAACGAACGGAAAAGAACCGGAGUUCAACGCAUUAUUUGGGGUUGUAAGAGAUUUUUGGGGGAGUUGGGCUGGAUGGGUCUGGCUUUACUAACAAAAUUGAUGUCUGUGUAGAUAAGACGUAACUGCUGAAAGAAUGUAGAUUGCGCUAUUGAUAGCGAAAGUUCGGUUUACAAUGGGUGUGUUGAUGACGAUCUGCUGCUGUGAAAGUAACGGAGGAGUGAACCACGCGGGUAACAUGCGCUCCUAUGGCGAUGAACUGCUAUUUACGUUCAGAUAUGUAUAUCUGAACGUGAAUAGCAGUACGUAGUAUAGUAUACGUAGAAAAAUGUCUAUUAAAUAAUGUAUGGAUAAUGACAUACAAAUCUGGUACUGUAUACGACGUUCUGGAGUUGUUCGUAGACUUGUGUACAGCUUUACAAUGUCAUUGCUAUCGUAAGGUAGCUAUUUAUCGGUAUGCGAUCGCCUAACCGUAGUUAGAAAUAACAACGAAGCUGCCGUGGAGAUCACUGCGUCGUUUAAGGUGCUAGUUCUGAUGUUUCCUCAUUGGACCCACUUAGUUUUAAGUAUAACUGACUCAUUAGGUGGUGACGCUGUGAACACCUGAAGGUACACGAGAAUCAAACGGUCUUAAUGUAGUUGUUAAAACAAAGCAUAUCAUGUCACAUUGAAAAGCGGGAAGAUUAGAGCAGGAGGCUUCCAGAAGACGGAGCACAUGAAACAGUCGCAAUGGACUACGAACAAUUGUCAUUUUAAUAAUAUUUUGAAGCAAACAUUUAGGAUAACUUGGUGUGCCACAACUCGAAAGCGUCUCUGCCGACAUGCCGUUUCUUGUUAUGAUAAAGACCAUUCAUUGAUAUCGGCUGGGGCCCUGUAUCCCUGAUUUUAAUUUCGCUGUUUGAAAAAUUCAAGCGAAACACCCCUCAACGCCACUCACGUGCAGUCACAUACCGAAACGGUUUCAUUCUACCUACAUACACUCUUUCAGUGCACGAUGUUGCUGUUAACGCUUGAGUGCCUAGGUUCUUCGAGGGUCAUGAACUGCCGCGAGGAUUCGUCAUCAACCGCCUGACUGCCGUUACAGCCGUAGCGAUUCAUCAUAAUAAUACUCUACUAAACUCAUGGGUGAUGGUUCUCUCUCUUUGGCAUGACUGGCCUUUCGCAGCAAUAAAUGCUAAUUGAGCUCUCUAAGUAUACGUGGAGCUCCAAAAACUCUCACGCUGUUCUAAACUACCUUCUAAAUUCCUAACAUUAGCCCGCGUGAUAAGGCCUAGGUUCCAGACCGGGUUAUCCGUACACACCAGUUUUUAUGUGCUGUUCCCGAAGCACUUGCGUAAUACCGUGUAAACAGCGGGCGACUGCUGACCAACAAAUAAUAUGAACAUCUUAAGGAAGUUGGGAGGAAAGAUGGCAGGAACAAGACGCAGCCUGCAGAGAGUUAAUUAUCACUGUUAAUAAAACACAAGCCAGAUAGUUAGCCAGUUAUCGCAUUCGACAGUCCGCAAAUCUACGAACAAAAGCGUGUAUAGUAUCACGCUGGCGGCUGCGAUCUCAGUACGUGUGACUAAUAUCAUCGCUGCUGCAUGAAGUAGUUGAUCAACAAUAGUUUUCUAGCAAGGCGAAGAUAUAAUGCACUACCCAAUGUUUAUUGGAAAACGCUCUGUUUCUCUAUACUGUUAAAAGCACGUGGUCGCGUUGGAUUAAGAGGUCAGGGCAAUCUGAAGAUCUGCAACUCUAUUAGUCUGUAGACAUAAAGAACACCGGUCCCUGCAUUUGUUGGCGUAAAGAACUGAUUUAGUAAUUGUAUAGAAAGUUACCUUUGUUAGUAAAUUUAGCUACACUAAUCAGCACAACCAAUAGCUAUUGUCAUUCGUCUUAAUUAUGACCAGCAUCCGUUUGCAGGAACAGCUGCGGCAGAUACUACGAGACCUUUACGGUCGUAACAAGCAAGUCGGCGACAAAGACGCAGCACUUUCGCGCGAACUAUGUCAAUCUAUCUUUUAUGGCCAGUUAGAUUCAGCCAGUCUGUGGUCGGUUGUCUCCUGCAUUUGAUGUAGGUCAAAAAGCACUUCGGUAGGAUCAAAAAACGGGGUAAAACACACCUUAGUCGUUAAGCGUUUAAUAAAUUUAGUUACCAGUUUGGCCUGCUGCAGCAACUUUCUCUGCCUGUUUUAGCCCCUCGUCGGUGUGCUCCUCCACAGUCCCCAACAAACAUAUUCGAAGCUGUAGAGCCAGCAGCCCAGUAGUGAAAUGUGUAGUAGUCACAGUAGAAAGAAAGUAUAGUGUUGCGGAGAUACCAGCUGUUUUCGUCGGUUUGCUGAAUCGGCUAAGCCAACUCAGUUGCCCGUCGAACUCAGUCUAGCCUAAUCAGGGAAGCUAGAACCUCCAACAGGCUUCCUCGGCUCUUUGCGUCGGUUUCGGUAUGUCUAUACGAAUCUGUGUGCGUUCUUCUAUUGGUGAGUGGUUGAGUUUAGAGUAUGUGGAGACGAACCCGCAAGAAAAACGACUUACCGGUCGGUUGCGCUUGCUUGACAUGAGAAACAUCAGGGGGUCCUGCUGAUUAGGGAUUGGUAGUCGAUGGCGGCAACCGUGGUCGAUGACUGCGCUGCUCGGAUAGCAACGGAUUGAUUCAGUGACGACAAUCUUGAUCGGCUGGAUUUAAUAGGCUUGACUACACGACAAAGAUAUUUCGGUGAUUGAUCUCGGAUUCUGCCGGGUGAUUUCUGGACUUAGCUAAAUAAAGCUGAUGCAUUCGGAAACUGAGUACUCGAAUCAGCUAUCAAUUCAUGUAUGUUUGACGUCUGUGAGGCCAUUUCUUAGAUACGAUUGAUCUCUAACCGUAGUAUUUCCCUCUUCAUUCAAUCUAUUCAGCCACCCAGAACUGCAAUAAGUUUUUUCUCUCUAUAUCUGUUGUAUGUUCUAGUAUUUAUUCGUUCUCGACAGCUUUCUUGACAACGAAGCACGCUGUCACUUCAUUUAUUCAUGCACCGCAGUCGGGUGUUUUAUACCAUAUGCGGGUACAGUGAUCUUGCCGGUUGGUGUGGGUCGCACUAUCUUUUGCUCUACGACUUGGAUCGCGAUGGGUCGUAAUAAUCUUCAUUCGUCGUAGGCGGCGUAACGUGUUAUCAUCUAUGAGUCAGAAUUUCUUUGGAAAACCAGCUCACUCGCUAACUCGUCCUACUGUGUAUUAUGUUGCCCCGCAUAGCCAUAAUAUUAGGUGAGUCACCGUUUCUGGGGCCAUGCAUCGCCUAACCGCAGCGGUGCCAUGACGCGAUUUUUUUGGAAAUUCAAUCAGAGACAUACGAGGUUAGCUCGCUUUCGAUGUUUGAUUUUCGAACGAUGUGAGCGAACCCUUCAUGGGUAACGAGCUGCACUUCACCCAAACAAUUCCUGGGGCUGCUCAUCCACUGCGUUCGUGGUGUAUAGUAGCGCGGCAAACCAAGCGUGCUCGAACAAAUAGAUGCUAACAUUUAUAAGGUUCAUCAACGAUUUCAAGAAUUUCUGGUGAAAGCAGGUUUGCUGUGUUUGGAGGAUCAAAGAGAUACGAACGAGUGUUUCAUAUGUCCCUCGUGGCAUGCGGCGCGUCUGCAGUGUAUUCAGCUGGCUAUGUUGUAUGAUACGACAUCGCACGUGUUGAUGGGGACAUUCGGAAAUUCUCGCAAAUCCGCUAGCGAAAAGCAAAACCACGAAAAUGUAUUUAUAAUGAUGUAUGGUUAACUUGGUUCGUUUUCUUAUUUGCUUACACUACUCUACGACUAUAUUUGCCAGUUAGCGCACCAGUGACGUUCUGCUUAUUCUAUGAUGUAAACUUUCCUCUGGACAAGGCUCCACUCAGAUUUAGGACUGCUGUUUGGUUGUCGCCCCACAGUGUAUUUAUCAAUAUAUUAAGUAUUUCGAAUUUUUUUUCCUGUGUACAACGCUCUAUAGAAUAUAUAUGAAGGCCAUACGGGUGUUCGUUGUACCUUGAUCUAACGUCCGCGCAUUCUUGUUGGUCUCCAUAAUGGUUAACUACGUCAUUUUUAGGGAGUUAGUUUUUUCUUUUUACGAGCUAAGGAGUAAUGCGCAACGGAGUAACGCUUGAAUACAUGAACAGACAAUUCAGUACUAGCGGAGCUGAACAUCAAGACAAGAUGUGGUAAAGUACGAAGCACCGUAACGAUGUGGAUAGUCUGCUCUCAAAAGAAGGAUGAAACCGACAUCGUAACACUGAACCCCCUGUCCACAAAACGGACCCUUAUGCUAAUCGAGUACGCAUCUGUUUGGGAUGUGUGUGUGUGUGUUUGCCUUUAUGUGAAGGAUGGAACAUGCUUCUUGGAGCGCCUGGUUUACUGCUCCGUGUCAAAUUCGACAGGCCCGCGCUGUUGAACGUGGGACGAUGCUUUUCCUUGCGUGGUUUCGUCGAUUGACAGCGGAAAGGAGAAAAAAGCAAAUCAUUAAGAGAACAUUAUCCUAACGGGAAUAUUAUAAGAUUCUGUGGUAAACCAGCAACAGUAAUAAUGAUGUAGUUCUGCCUACCUAGAGAUUCUGUCCGCGUAAGGCCCCGUGUUACCACUUUUCAAGAAAAGUACUUUACUUGGCCUAUAUACUUCGUUACGAUGCUCUAGUGCUGCUCGACAGUACCUUCAUAGCUCCGUUGCCUCCUAAUCGUCAACAAUCGAGAUACAAGUUGCUAAAAGCCUCUUUCUAUUGCGUUCAUCACCGUAUCAGUGUGCAACGUAGUUAGUACUUGAUACCGGCAUAGCAAACAAAAUCAACAAUGGUGACAUCGUUGGUAUUCGUGGAGUUUUAGUGGUCACGUGUUGACCCGACGCGCCGUUGUCGCGUCACACGUCGGACACUGCCCAUUGCAAACAACAAGGACAAUGGCGAGAAUAGAAAAUUACGUACUCCAGGCGUCUCUAUGGACGUUCACUAGACAAUGGUUGCGACGUGCUUGCCACUUGUCAUUGGCUGCUGUAACCGGGUGGCUCUAUCUGAGACUUUCUCAUUGUCGUCUGUUAGCCUGUAUGUUGCGUUGUCCUAUGGAGACACAUGGUGCUCUUAUUGCAGCGCACAACUGCAUGAACUUGUGUGUCAUUUGAUAAAAUGACCAAUUCAGGCGAAGGCAGCUAACUGUAAUCGAGGUUUAAACGUUUGGCAUCUUUGCCGACUGGCGUCAACAAGAUGUUUUGUCUAAUGCAGUGCAGUGCAGUAGCAGACAGCAGAAGCAGACGGGCAAACGCAAACAGCGGCACAAGUAGAGCCAUUAACACUAGCGAUGUGCGCGUACAGCAGACAGCGAAACGGUGGGAGAGUGGAAAAUGCAAAACUGCUGGAUGCGAAAGUACAAACAACAUAGAGAGUUAGUCGUAACUGCAGCGUUGAAUAAGUGGUCGGCGUCACUUCCGUACGGUAAAUUCCGAACGGCUGUCAUUAUACAUAAUGGUGAAGCAACUGUGGACCGAGAUUUAAGAAGUCAACUGAACUCUAAAAUUUCUUUGUUGCGCGACAACUGGAGCAAGGCGGUAUAAAGUCGUCUUUGUCUGAAAGCACCUGCAUGUACGGAUGGGCGUGAGCGCGCUCGAUCAUGAUAACGAAAUGAUUAAAGGGAAAACUAAGUACGGCGAUAAAAAGAAACAAUUACGUAAAAGCCACGGCAACAAAGACGUCGCGUAAAUUAUUAUGCCCAUUAUCAUGAUGUCUCAAACAAAGCUAUUAGAAAGAAAGAGACAUCAAAUCAAAAAUCAAAGCUAACGGGCAACCACUGUUUUCGACAACGAAUAUAUUGGCUCUCUGAAUACCUAGAUACGGCAGUAUACGGUUAUGUUGACACAUAAGGCGCUCGACAGAAAUUAUAUUUUCAUAAUGUGAAGAGUGCACACACAUGGAAAUGGGGAUUUGCUGCACAAGCCUUUGCAGUGGUGUUGCAGGAUAGGUUCUUUCAAAGCUAAACGUCCAUCGAGAAAUGUGCUUUAUCAUAGUUCUUAGGUGUGUAAUCACCAUGUGGUUAUCCAUUGGGCCGACAGUCGUAGAUCGAAUGCGUAAGCUUUGCGCAGUGUGUUGCGCGGGCAGGGAAAGAGCGUAUAUCAAAUCUAUAAGUAAAGCAAAUGAAUGCUUCAACAGGUCAACAUUCCGAUAUUAGUAGGUAAGGGGCAGCACUGUGGCUUGUGCACAGAAGCUGUGAAGAUACCAAAGGGAAAUGCCCCCUAUAACAAAGCAGGUCGCACCAAGGUUUCGAUCUACUUCAAAGCAGAAGCAGACUCGCAGUAAUGGCUAUAGCUAAAGCUAUGGGACGUUGAGCUAACUGUACGAUAAAUUUCUAGAGUGCGUUUGUGAGUAAACAGGAUUCAUUUUAGUCAUAUUUUUAUAUUAUGAGUUGUUACUUACAUGCUAGUAGAUUCGACUGCCCCUCUCAAGGUGUGGUGUCUUCAAAUAUAUGCGGUAAGGACUUUAUAAUGACGAGGUUACAUGAGAUGCUUGCCCUAAAAAUGCCUUCAUAACGUCUCUCUAACUGUAUGAAUCGCAGUACUAUCUAGAGGUGCCGAAGGCGCAAACUAAGCAACUCUACAUAAGAGCAAAUAAAAAAGAUAGGGAGUGAUUAUCACUUCACAUCUCCUUCGAUAUCCUUUGAUAAGAAAACACAUUUCGUUUUGAACAUGAACCAAUUUCUGAAAGGUUAUAAAAAAGUUUAUAAAUUAUAAGAAUUAUUAUAAAAAUUAAAUAAAAUAUUAGCGAACUAUAAAAAGACUCGGAGAAGUCUUUUUGUAAUUCGCUAUGGGUGCCAUUGUUGCUUUUCUAAGUUGGAUUUUUACAGGUAGCUCUUUUCUACUCGACUUGCCGGUCUUGAAUUCCUUUUUAGCGUCUGCAGGCGGGAGAUUUUCAUGACAACAAGCAGCACGCUGUCUUCCGCAAUGCCUAUUCGAACUGGGUCAGGCUUGCACAGAACAGCAAAUGCAACAGAUACGAAAGGUGAUCGAUCUACUGACGCGCGAUUCCGAGCAGAACGUCCGCCUUGAACUUCUUGAACAGCUGAGUCUUUUAGCAGGAAUUUGUUUAGAUCGGCCCGAUGCCGCUACUGGAGCAGGCGGACCUGCGCUUAUGACGACAGCUAAUGGAACGGCAGCUUCUGGAGGAAGUCUCCGGCCUUCUGGUCCAUUCAUGCCACCGCUCCCGCCAAGCCCGGUACUAGUUCGCCUGCAACGUGCAUGUAUUCUACCGUGCCUGGCCAUGCUGAUGCGUGAUAUGACUUUACAGGUCCGUAAGCGGGCGCAGUGCGUCUUACUUCGCAUGUUGGACGCACGCUUGGUCACUCCAUCGACGAUAUCGAGUCAACUACUGCCGACGAUCCUUGAUUUGGCUCGAGUUUCGCUAGAGAACACGGGCGAAUCGGCACUUUCAGCAGAUCUUCACGACCAACGGCAGGAAGCCGCUACGUUGCUGCCGAAGUUGAUAGCGUACGUGGACCGCGAACAAGCUCAAGCUGAGCUACUUCCUCCGUUUCUCGAGCUUUGCAACGAUCCAUCGUUCCACGUACGGAGGGCGUGCGCUGUCGCGAUGGUCGAGUUGUGCCAAGUGCUCGACGCUCAGUGCAUCCAGAACAGUUUGUUAGCUACGUUCCUGUCCCUCUGCGAGGACGACGCCUGGUCUGUUCGAAAGGCUUGCACUGAAUCGUUUAUGGCAAUUUCUUGCGUGGUCGAACCUCGACUUCGGCUGGAGGCAUUAGCCCCGCGCUUCGUAUCGCUACUAACCGAUCCCGCGAAAUGGGUGGCUGCCGCCGCCUACCAAAACCUGGGCCCAUUUAUAUCAACGUUCGCCGACCCAAAACGGACAGGUCUCGAGCUCGUUCGGCCGGAAGGGGUCAACCAGGAGGCUGCUGUCCGGCGUACGCCCGACUACGAAGCACCCUUACAUGAACCUGGCGUCGUGCACGAGAACUUCAUGCGCAACAUCAGCAGUCCCGACAACGGAUUUCAGUGUCGAAGAGAAAUCAGUAUUGAAGAAAGAAUGUCUAGUGGAAGCGAUCGGGCAUCGAUCUACGCAGCACAGUUGUCCUCAUCGACAAUGGCAGCGGAUGGUAGAUGCUACGACGAUGCCACGAAUAAUAACAGUGUUCUUAUUGAUGGUUCAUCGACUACAGCGGGCACAGCCGGCUUCAGCUCGGCAACAACGAUCGCCUCAUCUGGAAGGUUGGUAUUUGGACAGCAGCGCUCUCCGCCACGUAGGGGCUUACCACUAGGCCAAGGCAACGCUGCCGGCGAUCUGAACUCGACCGAUGUGAACUUCAACAGCUUUAUGUUUUGGCGUUCACCGUUACCUGACGUUGACGAGCUCCAGGUCGACGGUGAAGUUGAAGAUGUUGUGACCGCUGGCGCCGUAAUCGAGCGAGGCGGCGUCGCUCCCAUAGGAACGGAUGUUGACGAUAACAAUGACGAUGACGCCGGCGUCGUAGUAGAACACGGCCAAGGCGAAAAAACUUCUGCAUGCGACGCAGCCGAGGGGUGUCAGGUUGCCGCUUGUAAUGAUGGGGAUUUAGACGAAACGCUUGUAGGUCUAGCAAAUUUAAAGUUGGACAAUGACUCCCCAAAGAAAAAGUCCGUUACAUUUGCUACCGGCCCAAGCGGGGCUAGUGUUAUGUUCGACGCUGCUACGGACUCGACGACGUCGCCGCGGUAUCGCGCGCAGAAAAAUGCGUCGUGGCCUCCGCAGCAGCAGCAGCAGCAGCAAGAACAACAGCAGCAACAGGAACAACAACAACAGCAGCAACAAAAUAAUAUCAUCAGCAAUAAUAAAAAUACUGAUUCGCCUACGGAGCGCGAUAUGCUUUUGUACGAGACAAACGUCUGCGGCGUGCCAGCUGAACUUUUACAACACUUUCAGCGGAUGCUUGAUCCCCAGCUCGCUCGACAGGUUGAUUGUAUUGAUCUGCCGCGUAACUGUGCCUACUCGCUGCCAGCCGUCGCACUUGCCCUGGGCCCUCGAAACUGGAAGCGUCACCUGCGUCGCUUGAUUACGCAGUUGAGCCAGUGUGUCCAGUGGAAGGUACGCCAUUCGGUGGCGUCGAGUUUGCACAGCCUGGUGAUCAUCGUUGGCGAUAGAGACUCGGUCGAACUGUUGGUUCCGCUGUUCCAUACGCUAUGCCGCGACGUCGAUGAGGUGCGACUUCCGUUGUUGCGGAACUUUCACCAAAUGUGUAUACAUCUUGAACCGCAAUCGCGCCGCCUGCUGCUAGAAGCUCUCCAUGAGUUUGCGCGCAAUGAAAAUGAACGUGUGUGGCGGCUACGGGACGAACUUGCGCGACAAAUUGCCCUUGUUGCAGGCUGUUUCUCCUUUGGCGAUCGCCUGCGUUAUUUUGUUCCGAUCCUGGAGAAGUUACUGCAAGACAAAGUCGCCCAGGUAAGAAGUUCGGCGGCAGUCUGUUUUGGCCCUAUUAUCUGGUGUGAAAAUCCAUUCGUGACAAACGGAGCAACGGUAACUACGGGAAUUGGUGAUUCGUCUUCAGUGAUGAAUGCUUCGGCGAUUUCGGUAUCUUUGUCUACUUCUAGUAUCAAGAGCGAUGUGCAGCUGCAGGCACAACAAACACAGGGGCAGCAGCAACAACAACAGCAGCAGUAUCAACGUUAUCGUAAUCCUGGAGAUAUACCCAGCUACUUUGACGCAAUGGAGCUGGUAUUUCGCAAGCUGAACAUGGAUGUCCAGUGGGCAAAAUGGCAACAUCGGCAGGCGUUCGCACGACUUCUGAGCUCGAUCGUCGAGCAGGUUCCUGAUUCUAUUGAUAUUUUGGCGGGCGCUGACGAGCAAACGAUGGCCCGCGCCACUGAAGGGUUAACCCUAUUGUGCAGUCAAAGUGUGGGACUGCGGAAUAUGGCAUUGGUGAUGAAGCUGAUUAGGCCGGAAGUUGAGGCGCUGCUUGACCAUCGCGUCCCCAACGUUCGACUCGAGGUAGCGGCGCUGCUGUCGAACACGGCGGCGCGCUGCGCCGAUGUGCUCAUGGAACAUCGGAGGACGUGCGAACCCUGCCGAGCCCGACUUAGCGACGCGGUCAAGUCGUUUGACAGCGUGCGUCUACGGCGUCGAAAGCGACGCAGACGGAGAGCCGACGUCAUUCCCAAUCAGUUCAGCGAUCCACAAAAUCGGGAAGGCGAUCCCGAAUUGGGUUCGGCAGCGUCAAACUUAUCUGGCGCAUUCGGGUGUGGGGCGCAGCUCAGCAUAACGGAUAAUACAGAUGACAACGUUGAUGAUGACGGUGAUGUUGAGUAUGAUGACGACACGCAACAGCCGGCGAUAGACAGCAAGAAUAAUAACAACAAUGUGAAAAGCGAAAAGCCAGUAAUUGGGACAGAUGCCGCACGCGAGCAAGCGAGCAAUGAAGACGAUAGCAGCACCGUUCAGAACGACACAGUGUCGACAAAGCUUGUCAAAACGGAAAAAGAACCUUUGCUUGUGGGCCACAACUGUGUAAACGCGACCGAAGUCAAGCCUGCGCCGCGCACGAAAAUUCGUGACCGUCUUCAGAAGAUAGGAGAUACCAGCAAGAUGACAGGUAAAUUUACCGAAGGAACAAAAGAGUCUUCCUCGACCGCCUCCCUAAAAACCCUCACAACAGCAACGGACACGUCUUCUACAUCGGCAGAAACCAUUAUCGUGUCUGCUAAGCAGGUGUCGUCUGCUCCCGCUGAAUGUCCGAUUCGUGUGAACAUCCAGCCGGAUGGAAACAAGCAGGAAAAGACCGAUGAGACCACAGGUGCUGACAGAAACAUCUGUAGUAGUGGUGAAAAUCAAGGGAGCAAUGGUACAAGCCUAAAACACGGUCACACCGACCGGGGCGGGUCUGAGGACAGCGAUUCGAGCGCCCAUGAGGCCGAACGUCGUCAACUUCUAGCCGUCCUCGGUAUCUCGUACCUGCCCGACGCAUUCGACAAACUUUGGGGCGACAAGGAUCCUGAUGUUCGCCGAGUGGCAUCCAACGCUGUCGACCGCUUCAGCAUGAACUGCAGCUUUGACAUUGGCGGCCGGCUGGCACAACAGUCCCUGCAAGUAAUAGUUAGCCAACGCUUGCAAACACCGGUUAUGAUUACGCCGCAUGAUACAACUGAUGCUCAGACUUCGUCGACUAAUGCGUGUGAAGUAGCCGCAUGAGAACCGUUAACGGUUAAUGUACGCACGAACAAAGGAUCUUAUAAGUUGCGUAUGCUGCUAUGCGUUCAUCGAUCCGUCCGUGCUGGGAUUUUACAGACGAAAACUCAUAUCGAUGCCGGGCACCAUCACAAUGCCACGAACGCAAGCUCGAACAGCCAGCGCGGGCCGAUUAAGGAACGAGUCAGGCGUCCCCCAGGGCUCCGGCUGUGCCUGUCACGAUUUCGACGGGACGAAACACAUGGACCUGCGAAGGAUGGGUUGAAUUGCGUGCCGUGAACUAAGUAGGUUAUCAUCAAGAUCGUACCUGCGACACAGUCGGGAGGCUGUUGCAAGAAUAGUUAAUCAGAAGGGGAAGUGGCGUUGUAAGGCGAUUUAUUGAUCGAUAUUGAUGAAGGAUGAGCAGAAGGGGAAAGGAAAAGAAACGACAAAAGCAGAAAAGCCUGUGGUAAGGCGAACCAUAACAUUUUAUUACCUCAUGACACCAGACCUAAGACUCGUGUAAUUAGGGAUGCAAUGUUACAAGUGGGCACAACAGCAAAAACAAAGAACAAGCAAUGUAGUACGUCGUAGGUGAUAUUAUUGUGAUUAUCAUAUUUUAUUGUUCUUACUAAAUAUAAAGCAGGCACAGGGAGAACAAAAUAUUAAAUAUGACGAGUAGGCAAAGCAGGCAAGUCGUCGUAGUUGGAACCUGCAUCAUCACCACUCACAAAGAAAUGGAUAUAUAAGUUAUAUACGACUACGUGCGGUAGUAUUAUUUGCAACGUCGGCUACAUGCGGGACUAUAGCGGAUAACAGCAAUGUAUUUAAAUGGAUAAUGUAUCAAAAAAUCGCAAAAAGACGCUUCGUAACACGAACGGUGGCAGGUGUUCGAGACAACCCCGUCAUUUGCUUAUAUCUAAUGGCUGUAUGUUAAAAACAUAAAUUAUGAUAAAUAACUGUAUUACUUUACAGAUGCAUUUCUAAAAACGGCAACAAAAGCCAAACCGUAUAGAUCUGUUUUCGAAGACAAGAUUCAAACUGCAGAGUAAAAAAAAAAGCCAUUAUUAAGUUGACGCGAAUUCUUUACUGUGAUUGCUUAUUUUAGUGUUCCUUGAAAAUAGCUUGAAUCUUUGGCGCCGAUAAAUAAAUUUCUUACGUUUAAAUCAAAUGCAACUUAACAGGCCCUCUUCAGCGGUUGCAUAUUGGCAGAGAAAUUCGGCAUGUAUUUUGCGACACGGCUAAGUUUCGUUGUAGUAAUCGAAAUGCACGCGCGGUAUUAGCAGAAGUGUCUCUGAAAUAUAGUCACGUCGCACUCUUGAUUGCUCACAUAUCUCAUACGAUAGCUUGAUCGAGCGGUUGAAAACCAGCGUGAAAAACAAGCGAUGAACUACUGCUACGGCGACAAUGAUAGCAAUCAAUAAUAAUAAUAAUAAUGAAUAUUAUUGUGAUUAUGGUGAUGAUUGUAAUGACAAGACAUUGUACCUGUCGAUCCUCCUUGAAAUUUUUAGUAGAUUAGUUCGAAUUGUCCUCCUGCUAGGUAAAUAACUUUUUUGUUUUGCGUAUCAUAUCUUAUGGCUAUUUCUUUUUCCUUGAUAAUCCACCGAGCACACAUUUCUAAUCCUCACGAAUAUGGACAGAUUUAUCAUGGAUUGAACGAAUUCUGCCAAUCAGUCAACAACGAAAUAGUUUUCUUGACAAGUCUUCACAGCCUGGUCUUUUAUGCUAGUGUUUGUACUACGAAAGCUACCACUACUGGUUGUUUGAUUUCAUUUGUUAUUUCUAUAUCAAUGUAGGUUUAUUCUGUGAGCGGUGUAAAUAAAUACUAUGAAAGAGAGUCGUAUUGUUAGCAGUUUGACAAAGAAAAUUAUGUUAACAAUAAUAAAAAGACAACACGACUAUAUAUACACGAUGGAACCUGUCACGUAUCACACGCUAAUCAAUCGAUGCAGUGAUUACAAUGUGAGCGUUGCCGGAUGCGUUCGACCGAUCAGUAAUCAAUGCUGGGGUGGGGUGCGUACCCGCUUCGUUUGCACAUAUCGAUAACAAUGGCCGUAGUUAGACGAGAAGUUACAUGGGUAAUUUCCUAUGAGAUGAUAACAAUCGGUGCACAAUGUUAUUACAGCGAACAUCGAAAGGAGGAUACAAGACAAAGCAAAAAUUCAUUACUGUAAACAUGUAUUACUAGGGAGAAUGACAAUUAGUAACAAUUCUAUUAAGAUAAUGGGCUACCUCUAAAGGCUAAAUUUGUCUAGUAUCUUAGAAAAUGUAGGCAAAAAUAACAGCAAAGCCUAUAAUCUAUUCAUAAGCGAUGGAAACUCGCUUGCCUUUCAAAAAUCAAGCAAAAUUAAUUGUGUUAAUUUUUCUCGAACUGGAUGAACAAUUCAGGUUCUACUGAGAUUCUAACAGAGCCCAUCGAUUUGACAAUGGUCCUAGAGAAGCAUAAGUACAUACGCAUAUAUAAUGCUAUAUAGUAUAAUAAAGGGAAAUUCGUAUUAAUGAUCAAAUCUGCGGAUGGUUAAGGAAAGCGUCUUUUAAAAAUUUGAGCGUUUCGGUGCACAUGAGAUAGUUUUGUCUGUGUGUCGACGGAGGGCUGCGAAAGCUGACGUGAAUCAGUUGCGUGGUUGCGCGUUACUGGAGUUCGAGCUCGAAAGAUGUCGUAAAAGAACUGUGGCUGGUUGUGGCGUACGAGAAUAGUUCAUAUGACAAUAAAAAUAAUUCAGGAGUGAGUAUGGAGUAGGAAAAGGAGAAAUACAUAGUACAUUUAUAGAACUGUGAAAUCAGGAGGGAAAACUGGAGAGCAAGUGAAUAAAAGUUGGCAAUAAAAUAAAAUCGAAAUAUAAAAGGAUCAAACUACGUCGAUCUUACAACAGAGGCGCGUUGACUUGAUAGGACGAACGAUAAAAACGACGAAACAUUUGUAGACCGGCAAAUUUCAGUGAAUGUUUCAGUGUUAGCUGAAUCUCGUAAACUGAAUCGCUAGUUGCUUUGACGAAAAAUGAAUUUGAUAAAAGUCCGCAUACUGAUGAGCGAUUCAACAAGAUCUGCCUGAACAUAUAUAUAGAUACGGUUAAUAAUAAUAGCACGACUGAAAACAGUGACUGCUGUAGUCGAAGGUGAGCGCGCCGAGACACGUUUGUAUCGCCGAUUUGCUCUCAAUUUCGGCGAAAAUAAUUACAGCUGCAGAAAAAGCAGGAUGCUAAAGAAACACAGAAUGCAGCCGAUUAUCACGUGAACGCGUUUCAAAACCUAGUUCUUAUAUGGCGGCGAGCAAAGAAAGGAUGUUGGCUCACUCAAUAUAUAGCAGCGUGUCUAUAUUUUGUGAUAUUAAUUCCUCGGGAGCAGAUCAACUGAUUCUAAGAAAGAAUCGAGCCUAGGUAACAUUGAAAAAGCCUAUAUGAUGCGAAAACUAGAAAAUAAUGCUAAAGUAAUACUAAUAUUUACUAAUAAUUAUUAUUCCAAGUAAAUUGAGAAUGAGAUGCGACCCAGAAGCAACAGGGGCUAUAGAUUUCGCAUCAGUGUAGAAAUACUGGAAGCACAGCAAUGGCGGAAGAGGGCUGAGUGAAUGAUAAUGACAAAUAUAUGGAGAAUUUUGACAAAUUAGAUGAAAAAGAUGAUCGGUAUCGAUCAUUACAGUGGCGAUAAUAAAGUGAAAUAAAGUAGAAUAUAUAUUAUAACUAAAUAAACUUA